UUUCUAGUAUUCAUUUUUCUUGUUUUCACACUUUAAAUCUAAAGUGAGAUAUUCUUUUUCACCUCAUACUAUCUCUCAGUAUCUAUGUACAUAUCUCUAUCUCUUUGAGUUUGACCCGUUGCCACCUACCGGCAGCUUCUUUGCUCACCUCCAAUGUCCUACCCCACCACCCACCCAGUCCCCCACCUAUUCCAUCUUUCCUUUUCUAAAUGAAUACUUGAAAACUCUUUACUUUACUUUGCUGCAUCUCUUUCAGAACCCCUUAUAUUUAACCUUUCAUCUUUCCUCUUUUCUUUUCUCUCUUUUGCCUCCUUUCGAUCACUAUAAACCCUAAUCCAUCGGGAAAAAAAUGAGAAUCUGAUAGAAGAUAUUUGUUUUUAUUCUUAAAAAAAAUUUGUUGGAUCCGGGUACAAGCUUGUGGUCCAAGAAAGUGAGCUAAAUUGUUUAGAUCAUCUAUCAAGGAAGUUCAACAUAUAGGUUUUAGUAAUUACUAGACUUUUCUUCCUUAACAAUCUUUUUAUUGAGGAAAAAAUUUAUUAAAAGGUAUGGAUUCUGGGAAUAGUGGGAGUAUGCAAUCUUCAAGUGGUGGUGAUGAAGAGUAUGAUUCACGUGGGGAAUCCAUUUCAACUUUCUUGAAUAAUAAUAAUAAUAAUAAUAAUCCUAAUUCACUCUCUCAUUUUGGUUCAAUCUCAUCUCAUCAUAAUAAUAAUCCACCUUUUCUUUCUCAUCAUCAUCAACAACAACAUCCCAAUAAUACUUUCUUUGACACCGCAGCUAGUUUGUUCCCACAAAGUUCAAAUCCUCAAUUUAACACGAACGAUCUUAUGUGGUCGUCGUCAUCGUCUCGGGCUUUAAGAUCUGACCAUAGUUUCAACAAUUUUACUGCAUCUUCAUCAGCUCCAUCAUCAAAUGCUGCUGCUGUUCAACUUCUUCAUCACAAUCAAAACCCUUUUUCCGGUUCGAGUUCGUUACCAACAAUGCAACAACCAUCAAUUGAACCGGCUAACAUUGUACGGGCCUCAAGCUCGGCCCAGCCCGAUCACCAGCCCAAUGUAGCGAAAAACUCGAAGAAACGGACCAGGGCGUCAAGGAGAGCACCAACAACCGUGCUCACUACUGAUACAACGAAUUUUCGCCAAAUGGUUCAGGAAUUCACCGGCAUCCCUACUGCUCCGUUUACUGGUUCACCUUACACUCGCCGCCUUGAUCUUUUUUCGACAGCUGGAUCGGGCAUGAGGUCGGGCCAUUUGGAUUCUCUUGGACCAUUAUACCCUUUGAGGCCUUCAGCACAAAAGGUUCAAGUAUCUCCAUUCAUGCCACAAUUAUCUUCUUCAUCUACUUCUUCAUCAUCGUUGUUGAGUUCUAGCAUGAUUGAUGCUUUAAUGCCUACAAAUAACACUGGAAACCAAAACAACAACAACAGUCACUCAAUUGUUGGUGUUAGUACUGCCUCGGCCUCUACCUCUACCUCGACCAAUUUCCAAUUAGGUUCAAAUCAUCUCGGAAUACAAAAACAAGCACAAAACUUGUUUAACAUGCAGAAUCAAAUUCUUUCAUUCAAUGCUGGAGCAUCGGUUUUUAACACAAAGUCGUCACAAGGAAGAGGAGGAAGCGGUAAUACGAUUAAUGUUCCAUCAUUAGAUGAACUUGGGAUAAGUCAUGAACAACAAGUGAGUGCAAAUCUGAUCAGUGGAUUUCAAGGAGGGAAUAAUAAUAAUGUUUCUAGUCAAGCAAGAAAUGAUGGAAAUAAUCUUACAAGAUUGUGGAGAAAUAAUAAUCAUGAUGGGGGUCAAGAAAAUCAACGGCUGAGAUCUUUUGAUGCUAAUAAUAGUAAUAAUGUUGGUGGUGGAAAUUACAACAAGUUGAAUUGUUCAGGUAAUUCUUCUACAUCAGAAUUUCAUCCUGAGAUUAAUAAGGGUUUGGAAAAUGUGUGUUCAACUGGUGAAGGACCAAUUUCUUCAUGGCCUUGUCCUUCUGAUUAGAAUUAUUAUUAUUAUUUGCUUCUGAAAAAAUGAAAAAAAGAAAUCGUUGCUGACUAUAAAUUGAUGACUUUGAUCAAUUUGGUGAGUUUUUUCAUCUUAAUUAAUUGUAUUUUAUUUUUAGUUUAAUUAUAUACGUUGUAAUACACAUGUAGAUAUAGUAGCAUAUUUUGUACUACGUACUAUUUUGAUGAUUUUUAAAUAUUUGGUAGAAUGAGAAUUUUG